AUGGACGGGUAUUUUCAAUCAACGCUAGCAGCCAACACACUGCAACAGAACAUCAACCGCAACAAUGCAAACAAUGCGAUAGCUCAAGUAGCGAGAGUGGUACCUCAUUUUCCACCCACAAACAAAGAUUUCAGUUGCACUGAAUUACAUACCCCCGAUGGCAUUUAUCACUUGUUACACGAGACAUUUUACGAGACAAUUGCACCUCAAUUCACAACAGGUACUCGUGCUUCAGUUGUGAGUGUUAAAGACGAGCAUUUCCACAUCACAAACAACGAAUCCUCAGAAGAUGAAGGCCUGAUCAUUGGCGGCCCUUCGUUUUCAAUGACACCUGUCAAGUCCGCUGCUUUACCCAUCCCUAAUGCUGCUUCGUCUUCUUCCUCAAAAAGAAGCUUACGUAAUACGCUCGCCACAUCCUCAUCCACGUCCAGCAUCCAUAAUGCGAAUGGCAAUGGCUUACAGGUACUGACUUCGCCGCAAAAGAUCAUGACGAGCAACAAUGGCAACAAUGCCAGCCCCUAUUCACCCUACUCCACUUCAUUUUCAACUACACCUACAUCCUCCUCACAGUUACCCCCUCAGCCAGUGGCUCAACAUCCACAUCAACAGCAGCAAUUUGCGUCAGGGUCCUACAUGAUGAGCUCAUCACAGGACCUUGGCAUGUCCAAUCUGGCAGCCAGCCAUACCAACCACGAAUACUCACUGUCAUCUAGCUUCAACAACACCAACCCUGUCAACAAUACAGGCAGCGUUGGAUCCCUGUCGAGUCUGUUUGGGAAAAGUGUCAAUACACCAGGCGCCAGAUCCACACCGCAACUGUCCUCUUCCAUUGCUCGCAGCAUGAACACUAGCGUCAGCAGCAGCAAACCAAAGAAUCACCUGUCCAAAACCAAUUCUACAUUUGUGCUGCGAUUUCUGAUACACGAACAUUUGCACAAGAUGAUGUCUUCGCAUGGGUUGGGAGACGAGUUUUUGUUCUUCAACAUUGGAUCCAGUUUUAUUUGGGUUGAUUCCAACAGUAAGCCAAAGGAGCCGUUAUCGAGAAUUGUCUUUUCUAAAUCAUACCCUUUAUGCCAUGAUAUUAACGAGACAACUCGCUGUGAUGACCACUUGGAUAUCAUUAUUGGUUUCUCUACAGGCGACAUUAUUUGGUAUGAUCCUCUCAGUUGCAAAUACGUCAGAUUGAACAAGGGCGGCGCUAUGGUCAAUUCAGCAGUGAGCAUGAUCAAAUGGAUCCCUGGAUCCGAUGAGCUGUUCAUUGCCAUCUUUAAGAAUGGCACUGUUCUGAUCAUGGACAAGGAAAGAGAUGACCAGUCGUUCAAUAUGCCUGAGCCGACUUCUUGGGUGGAAUCACAAUUCAAUGCCUUCAGGCCUCAUCGAAGCAACAAAUACAACCCAGUGUCUGUGUGGAAGAUCAGCGAUAAGGGAUUGACAGAUUUCGCUUUUGCCCCUGAUGGUAUGCAUCUAGCUAUUACGGGUGUCGAUGGUCAAAUGCGCAUCAUUGAUUACAGAAAUGAAAAGCUGACGGAUGUGUUUUCGAGUUACUACGGUAAACUGACAUGCGUGGACUGGAGUCCGGAUGGUCGUUAUAUCUUGACUGGUGGUGAGGAUGAUCUCGUUACUUUGUGGUCAUUUUUGGAAAGAAGAAUUAUUGCCAGGUGUCCUGGACACAAAUCAUGGGUAACGGGUGUUGCAUUUGACCGCUGGAGAUGCGAUGACCAAACGUAUAGAUUUGGCAGCGUAGGCGAGGAUUGUAACUUGAUUCUGUGGGACUUUUCGUUCAGUGCUCUUCAAAAGCCCAAACACCCUCGUGCAUUAGCAUCAUCACCACCCACUAUUUUACCCAAGCAAUGGGCACCACCUCCACCAUCUGCAAUAUCCAACGCUAUACCGGCAACUUUAUUACCCCCUACCAUUCAGCCACAAUCAGCACUACCUAUCAACAUUGAACGUAAAAAAUCACUGAAAUCGCAUCGACUAUUUCGCGGAUUCUCCUCUCCAGACACCUCCUCUCUUAUAAGCAGUAGUGCUGGAAGUAACAACAGUGGUGGUAGUACGAUGGGUGGCGGUGGAUCUUCAUUUGGUGGACGAUUCAGAAAACGAUCAUCGAGAUCAAACAAUAUCUUUAGCGCAAACAACGAUUUCAAUGAUGAUGUGAUUGUAGAAGAUCAGUUGAAGCAACAUAUGCCUGUGCUGCAUCCUCCUGUCAAGAAGAAUCAAGCAGCUGUGUUACAGCCUACAACUAUAAAAGCGAUUCAUGCAGAUCCUUGUUUAUCGCUCACAUUUAGAGAGCACACUCUGGUGACAACCGAUAGAAGAGGUCGAAUUCGUACUUGGGGCAGGCCUUGA